AUGGGUGACGCAGGUACUCAAGGAUCAGAGACAGGAGCUAUUCCGCUGGACCUCCCGCAUGCAGCAGAAAGAGAUCUAAAUAACAUCACCUUCUUCAACGGGGUCUUUGAAAAUGUGGAAAGUGUUGCUUUGUUUUUUGACUGUUUGGGCUCUCACUUCACUUGGCUCCAGUCCAUAUUCACAAGCUUUCCUGCACUGCUCAACUUUGUGAGCAGAAUGAAGUGUGUGACUGGCAUUUGCCCAAGAGACUUUGAAGACUAUGGCUGUGCCUGCCGAUUUGAGAUGGAGGGCUUCCCUGUGGAUGAAGUCGAUGGCUGCUGUUUCCAACAUCGGAAAUGUUACGAAGAGGCAACUGAAGAAGAAUGCCUGUGGGAUCCUGCCAAAAUCAUCAUGAACGUCAGCUGUCUAACCAAAAACAUCACUUGUGGGUCUGACGAUUCUUGUGAGCGUUUGCUCUGCAACUGUGACAAAGAAGCUAUUGAAUGUUUCUUGCGUUCUCCCAUUAACUCUUCCUUGAACAAUCUGGAUGCUUCCCUGUGCCCCUCUCUGGUGACAGAUAUUCCUGAAGAGUCCAGCGACCUGUUUCUGAAGAACCAUGGAAGAUUUUCUUCAGACGUAGAAAGCAGUGGAGUCUUUGAAACCUUCAGAGGAGGAGCAGUAACCCAGAAAGGUGCAACAGUUUCUUUUGGUAAUUCCAUACCAAGAGUGUGUGAUCGUUUCUUCUUUCUGCAACUGAGAGGCAAUGGAAAACUCAAACAAGAGUUGCCACAGUUGGGAGAGAUGCUCUACUGCUUGACCAACCGAUGUCCAGAGGAGUUUGAAUUAUAUGGCUGCUAUUGUGGCCAGGAAGGAAGAGGACAUCCAACUGAUGAACUGGACAGAUGCUGUUUCUCCCAUCAUUGCUGCCUGGAACAAGUUAAAAGACUGGGAUGCCAGCCAGAAAAAAAAUCAAGAUCUGAAGUUGUAUGCUUUGAUCACACACCAACAUGUGUUGGAUGGACCAUGUGUGAAAAGCUCCUGUGUUCCUGUGAUAAGGCUGCAGCUGAAUGCAUGGCUGCAGCCCCUUUCAAUGACAGCUGGAGGUUGCCCAGCAGGCAGGCGUGCCGAGAGGACAACCUGGCUUGCCGCUGGGCAGGGCGUGAGAGGCCUCCAAGUAGCCCUCCAAUAGGUGCCAGGACUUCUAGUGAAGAAGAAAGUAGCAGCGAGGAGGCAGAUCCAGCCCAGCCCCUCUUGAGACGGGGAAAAAGAGCA